AUGGAUAAAUCUAUAGUUUCGAUUAUGACUGACCCAAUACCUUCUACUGCUACUACUGUUACUGAAAAACAGCUCGAGAAUGAAUCGAAUAAAACAACAGCAUCAACAGAGCAAUCGCAUUUAAAAAGGCACACUGAGGAUGAAUUGGACACAAGGGAGCCAAAAGCACCGAAACUAUCUGUAGUGCAAAAUAAAAUGGAUGAAGAUGAGGCCGAUAAACUCACUGCGGAGUUCAUCAUUGAUGAUGCUGAUGAAGAAGACAUGGUCGAUUUAGGUAGGACCAAUGCUAAAAAAGUGAAGGAUACGAUAUCCACUGAAGCGAACGGUGAAGAUAAAGCAAAUGCCACAAUAAAUAAUGACAAUCAACCACAAAAGAGUGACAAUCUUAGCGACGAGAGCAAGAAAACAGAUGAAGUUCUCAUUAAGGUAGAAAAGAAAGAUCAACAGUUAGAGAAUAAUGAAGUCACUACCAAGAAGGAUAACGAAGACCCAAUCCAUCAUGGGAUCAAUAAACCACAACCACCUCAGAUUAUUGCACCGCCACCACCACCACCUGGCCUUCAUUUGUUGACACCAGAGCAGCAGCAACAAUUACUUCAAUCAUCCUACCAUGGCGGCCAAGAAUUCGCUACUACCUUGGCUCAAGCCAUGAUUACACCUGUGGCUAUUUCAGCCACUGGAUUGCCUCCUGCUGUUAUUAUUCAGCAAAUGCAACAAAAUGGCGUUCUUAGCGCUGGAAAUGGGAUUAUUACGCCUUUGGCUGGUCCACCACCUUCUUUAAAUCCACAGAAUACUUCUCAAACAAGUGCUUCUAAUCCUUCCUCUUCAUCCCCACAACCUCAAAAUCAACAAUCACAACAACAGCAACAACAGCAAUCUGAAGAGCAAUCUCAUCACCCACAAACACAAACCUCGCCCUCCACAUCAUCCCGGACAUCCCCAGACACUUCACCCCAGCCUCCUCAAUUAAUUCCUGUUUCCGGUUCACCUACGAUUACAACAAUUGCUACUGUCACUACAACCGCUAAUAACAAUACGAAUAACGAUAAACAGCGUCCUAAUACACGCAGUCUAUCCAAUGAUGAGAAAAGACAACGGCGCUUGUUACGAAACCGGGUCGCUGCUAAAGAAUGCCGUAAAAAGAAAAAGCAACAUAUUCAGGAUAUGGAACAGAAGAUUUUACAGCUAGAGGAUGAAAAUAAGAAGCUAAAGGACCAAGUAGAUGAGCUAAGAGCCAAAUUAGGAUUGCCAUCUUUAGCGACGACAGCACUAUCGACGACAGCAGCACCCACAACUACUGAUAUCCAUGGCAGUGCUGGUCCAACAAUGAGCAACAAUCCAAAAAUUACUAGCAGAUCACCUACCAUGGAACGUACAAUGAAUAACCCUGCUUUGACAGCAGCACCGGCCAUGACUAACACAAAUACCACGCCACCAGCUGUACAAGAACAAGCGCCUCAACAAAAAGCUGUAACUGCUAGUAUUAGCAACCAAACUAAAGCGCAAACAAACUCUACUACUGCCUUUUAUACCUUGAGCGACGCAGAAGAGUUAGAAGCAUUGAAUGCCGAGUUAGGUGACAAAAGUAAUAAGGAUAGUAUAGACAACAAAGAAGCAGUAAAUGCUGCUAUGAAUAAAGCGAUAAAGGAAUGGAAUACAAUCAACAACAACAACAAUAAUGAUAAUAACAACGGUGCUGAAACCUCCGAGCAGCAGGAGCAACAGGAUGGUGAUGUAUUAAUGAAAGAUGCCGAAGCAACCAUUUCUACUCCUACUGCUAUUACCUCUACUACUACCGCCAUCAGUGCUACUGCUGAUACCAGCAAUACGACAACAGAUGCCCCAACCACAUCUUCGGAUAAUAUAUCAUUAAACAACGCUUAG